CUAUCUUGAACAGAAAUGGAAAGAAGCCCACUCCCAAGGGACAGUAGAUGCAGAGAAUAUUAUUGUAGUUAAGUAGCUGAUAUUAGAAACAACAUUUUGCCCUCUUCGUCCUGUACAUAGUAAUCCUAGUAAUCCGUGCCGCUGAACUUGCAUGGGGCGGAGCGGGCGGAGUUCAUGAUUGUUUGCGUGAGCUCGGUGAAAUUGUGUGAAGUGUCGUAAGUGGUACUUGUAGUUACUUUCUUUUUUUGUAGAUUAUAGAUAGCAACAUGGGGGAUACAACAGGUUUAUCCAAUACUGAAGCAAGAGAUCUUUGUAAGCCACCAGAUCAAGAAACAAAAGAGUUCAUAUUCCAGCAAACUAUGUAUCGCAUCAAGGAUCCACGGCGAUCAUUAGAGUUUUACACAAAGGUUUUGGGCAUGAGACUUCUACAGAAAUUAGAUUUCCCAGAGAUGAAAUUUUCUUUAUAUUUUAUGGGAUAUGAGAAAGCUGAAGACAUUCCAUCAGAUCCUUCAGCACACAGUGAGUGGACAUUCUCAAGGAAGGCAACUCUUGAACUCACACAUAACUGGGGAACUGAAAGUGAUCCUGAUUCAAAAUAUCACAAUGGGAACUCUGAACCGCGAGGAUUUGGUAAGUUAUUUCCCAAUUUUUACAAGAUAAACAUUCCAGGAACUUGUGUAUAGUAUGUUAGCUUGUAAUUCAAUUGACAUGAACUUCAGAAGGUAACAGUGAAUGACUUGAUGGUGUUUUCCUCUAAAAGGGGAAUAAAUGAAACAGAUCUUCAUAAUUCAUAAUAAUAAUUCAAAAUUUUAUUUACAUCCAUAACUGUAAAAUAUACAAUCGGAUAAAGUCAAAGAGAAUAUAUAGAUUAAAUAACAAUCACACC